UUCGGUAUGUGGCGAGUUCCCCGUCUGCUCUGCGUGUACGUUCCAAGGAAGAGCAAGCUCACGGGACCUUUGAACAGGCCUGCCGCCUUCAUGUCCACUCUGCUCAUCAAUCAGCCCCAGUAUGCUUGGCUGAAGGAGCUGGGGCUCCGCGAGGACAACGAGGGCGUGUAUAAUGGAAGCUGGGGAGGCCGGGGAGAGGUUAUCACCACCUAUUGUCCUGCUAACAAUGAGCCGAUAGCGAGAGUCCGACAGGCCAGCAUGGCUGACUAUGAAGAAACUGUAAAGAAAGCAAGAGAAGCAUGGAGAAUCUGGGCGGAUAUUCCUGCUCCAAAGCGAGGAGAAGUAGUGAGACAGAUUGGUGAUGCCUUGCGGGAGAAGAUCCAAGUACUAGGAAGCUUGGUGUCUUUGGAGAUGGGGAAGAUCUUAGUGGAAGGUGUGGGAGAAGUUCAAGAGUACGUGGAUAUUUGUGAUUAUGCUGUUGGCUUAUCUCGGAUGAUUGGGGGACCCAUCCUGCCUUCUGAAAGACCUGGCCAUGCGCUCAUUGAACAGUGGAAUCCUGUAGGCCUGGUUGGAAUCAUAACUGCGUUCAACUUCCCUGUGGCGGUGUAUGGCUGGAACAACGCCAUCGCCAUGAUCUGUGGGAAUGCCUGCCUUUGGAAAGGAGCUCCAACAACUUCCCUCAUUAGUGUAGCUGUCACAAAGAUAAUAGCCAAGGUUCUGGAGGACAACAAGCUGCCUGGUGCGAUUUGUUCCUUGACUUGUGGUGGAGCGGAUAUUGGCACAGCCAUGGCCAAAGAUGAGCGAAUGAACCUGCUGUCCUUCACUGGGAGCACUCGGGUGGGAAAACAAGUGGCUCUUAUGGUGCAGGAGAGGUUUGGGAGAAGUUUAUUAGAACUUGGAGGAAACAAUGCAAUUAUAGCUUUUGAGGAUUCGGACCUCAGCUUAGUCGUUCCCUCAGCUCUCUUUGCAGCCGUGGGGACAGCCGGCCAGAGGUGUACCACUGCGAGGCGCCUGUUUUUACAUGAAAGCAUUCAUGAUGAAGUUGUUAAUAGACUUAAAAAGGCCUAUGCACAGAUCCGUGUUGGGAACCCAUGGGACUCUAAUGUUCUCUAUGGGCCACUCCACACCAAACAGGCAGUGAGCAUGUUUCUUGGAGCAGUGGAGGAAGCAAAGAAAGAAGGUGGCACCGUGGUCUAUGGUGGCAAGGUUAUGGAUCGCCCUGGAAAUUAUGUAGAACCGACAAUUGUGACAGGCCUUGACCACAACGCGUCCAUUGUACACACAGAGACUUUUGCCCCAAUUCUUUAUGUCUUUAAAUUCAAGAAUGAAGACGAGGUCUUUGCAUGGAAUAAUGAAGUAAAACAGGGACUUUCAAGUAGCAUCUUUACCAAGGAUUUGGGCAGAAUCUUUCGCUGGCUUGGCCCCAAAGGAUCAGACUGUGGCAUUGUAAACGUCAACAUUCCAACGAGUGGGGCUGAGAUUGGAGGUGCAUUUGGAGGAGAGAAGCACACUGGCGGUGGCAGGGAGUCUGGUAGUGAUGCCUGGAAACAGUACAUGAGAAGAUCUACUUGUACCAUCAACUACAGUAAGGACCUGCCUUUGGCCCAAGGAAUCAAGUUUCAGUAAAGUUGCUUUCAAUUGACAUUUCAAGUGUUUCAGGCAUUGUUGCAUCUCUUUCUUCUGAAGAAGACGAAGAAAAUUACUAUUUGCCUUGAAUCAGUGGAUCAUUUUGAAUUUGACAGUGGUUAAUCCCUUAUGCUUCUGAAGCCUAAAUCAAGAGACUUUUUUAAAAAAUAAAAAUUUUCAUGACAUAGCCUUAAGUAAUAAAAGAUAGAUUCGAUGGA